AGAGAACUUCGUGCCCUCUCUUUCAACUUCCGGUCUUUUUUUCCCCCUCGCGAUAAGAAGCAGAGCGCCCGUUGCAGGAGGGUGCUGGCGGGAAAGCCGACUGGAGUCUUAGAAGCAGAUCUCGCGAGAUGUAGGGAGGCUGUAGCUUGUCUAGAGGGGCGGAGGCCCAGUGAGGAACCACGUGGGGACUCCUGGAGCUGAAUCUCAGGCGGGCAUCCAAUUUGGGUCUAGAUUGAAGUUGGAACCGUGGAGAUGCGGAAGGAAACACCUACCCCCCUACUGCCCCCGGCAGCCCGGGAGUGGAACCUUCCCCCUAAUGCUCCCGCCUGUAUGGAGCGGCAACUGGAGGCUGCGCGGUACCGGUCUGAUGGGGCGCUCCUGCUUGGGGCUUCUAGCCUGAGUGGCCGCUGCUGGGCUGGCUCUCUCUGGCUUUUCAAGGACCCUUGUGCCGCCCCCAACGAAGGUUUCUGCUCUGCUGGAGUCCAGACGGAAGCUGGAGUGGCUGACCUUACUUGGGUAGGGGACCGAGGUAUCCUAGUGGCUUCUGAUUCAGGUGCUGUUGAAUUGUGGGAGCUGGAUGAGAAUGAGACGCUCAUUGUCAGCAAAUUCUGCAAGUAUGAGCACGAUGACAUCGUGUCUACAGUCAGUGUCCUGAGCUCUGGCACACAUGCUGUCAGUGGUAGCAAAGACUUCUGCAUCAAGGUUUGGGACCUUGCUCAGCAGAUGGUUCUGAAUUCAUACCGAGCUCACUCUGGGCAGGUCACCUGUGUUGCUGCCUCUCCCCACAAGGAUUCUGUGUUUCUUUCAUGUGGUGAGGACAGUAGAAUUUUACUGUGGGAUACCCGCUGUCCAAAGCCAGCAUCACAGAUGGGCUGCGGUGCCUCUGGCUACCUUCCUACCUCCCUGACUUGGCAUCCUCAGCAGAGUGAAGUCUUUGUCUUUGGUGAUGAGAACGGGACUGUCUCGCUUGUGGACACCAAGAGUGCACGCUGUGCCCUCAGCUCCGUCGUGCACUCCCAGUGUGUCACUGGGCUGGCGUUCUCCCCACACAGGUACUGCCCUUUUGCUCCUUGUCUUUCCAUUUCUUCUGUUUCCUUCUGUCUCUUACCAAGCCCACACUUUUCUUUGUUCUCUUGUAGGUUUAGAAGCCGAGCCCACAGAGACUUUGUGAGAGAUGCUACUUGGUCCCCACUCAAUCACUCCCUUCUUACCACAGUGGGCUGGGACCAUCAGGUCAUCCACCAUAUCCUGCCCACAGAACCUCUCCCAGAGCCUGGACCUAAGAGUGCUUCUGAGUAGAUUGGAUUUCAGACAAGAAGUGAAUCCCCCCCUGAGUAUCCAUGCCCUUUGCCCCUGCCCUCUCUCAAUUUCUGAGAGCACACAGGAGCCUUCUGCAGUAUGUUGGUAUACCACAUGUGUGCAGUUAAAAGGCACUUUGUCUCAGCCUGGGGAGGCUGGAUCCUGGGGUCCUGUAGUCAGGGAAGAAAAACUCCCUUGAACGUGGAUGUGUGUGUGUCUGAGUGUGUGUGUGUCUGAGUGUGUGUGUAGAUACAUAGUCUUUGUAAGUGGGGGGAGGGAGAAAAAUACCCAUCCUGCGUCUUUCCCAGAGCCCAAUCCUCCCCAUGCCCUAAAAAUUAGCAAGGGAUUUUUUAUGCUUCCCAUUGUAGCUGUGCAUUAGGAAUUGGCCAUGUCUGAAUGAGGUACGGGAUGUGGGCAUUCCUGGAUUCUCGGAAGCUGCUCAAAGAGAUAGGAGCAACUUUUAUUUUUUUAUAGAGCUUAAUUCAGCUUUAUCAUGAGCAGUACUUCCAUUUACAUCCAGUCCAGCCCACCUUGAGGAAGAGCCAGGACACUCACCACAGUUUUGUGCAUCUCCUUGUUAUUAUACUGAGCCAGAAGUCCAGUUUCUGGCUGAAUGAGAAGUUUGGCUGGUACCUGUGUAAUGUCCCCUCACUACCGCCAUCCCCGUGGAGUUGUGUGGAUGAGGACGGAUGUAUUUCUGUCAUAGAUGGCAUAGAAGAGGUUCAGGAUGGAGAGCUUAAAAGCAGUUCAGUUAAAAACUGACAUAGGCCUACAUAGGAAUGUUUGCCACCUUCCCACCUGAAAACAGCUGGGGGCCUGAUCGUUUUUGCCUCUGGGUCCCUAUCUCUGGACAUAGGAAACCUGAGUGCUAUUUUAGGCACUCUGAAGAGUGUAAAUACAGCAUCAGAGAGAGAAGUACCGGUCAGUGAAAUAAAAUUUGAUUCAUCGUUGGCUUGUCUUUUGAAGCAUGUGUGUGAUGUGCAGUUAGACAUGUCACUUACGUAAGUCAUCAAGGUGUCUGUCUUAGAGCCUGUUACUCUUGUGUGUGCUUCCCCAGCCCCCCAGAGUAGCUAGUUGAAACUUAAGGUAAAUAUUUGUUUACUGUAUUGGUGGCUGCUGCCACUUAGAAGUUAUGGAUCAAUUACUGAUUGUAUUGAAACUAAAUUAAAUCAAUUAUGUACUUUUGUGCUCUGCAA